CAUUCCUAAAUGGGAGAAUUCCCAUUUAGGAAUGGGAAUACCUCCCAUUCCCCAUUCCUAAAUUUUCGGCCAGUCCUCCGGGAGAGGAAGACUGGCCUCUGGAAGACUGGAAUUUAGGAAUGAGAAGCUUGCGUUUUUUUUCGAUUACUUCUUGCAUAUAUUCCCCGGCGGCUUUUACGACAUACACAGUAUAUGCUUAAAUAAUAAACCAGGUGGCCCAUUUUCUUUUACUAGUGUCAUCCCACGGCACAAAUAUCAGACAUUUUUGAGUUUGCAAGAACUUUAUUGCCACCUGGAUGUGGAACCCACUACCAUCCUUAUCACUUUUAUAGGCUCAUUUCGGAGACAUACAUGAAGACUGAUCCAUCACGGCACACAACGCAUCUGGCAUGGAGAUUUUAAUUAGUGUGCGCUCAAUGCAGGGGCCAGGCUCAACAUCAUGACGUCACGGCCGCGUUUUCUGUUCAAAUCAAAAUCAAAUCAAAUGUUUAUUCAGGUAAAGUACGUACAUACAAGGUGAGAUACAAACAUUGAUGGAUUUAUAGAGCUAGUACAUACAAUGCCUAAAGCCACUAUUACGCAAAACGUUUCGGGCUGGUUAACUCUUCAGUACUAAUAUAUUUAUCAUUAUUUAACGUAUGGUGCCGUGUACGUGUUUUGAUGAUAGUACAAAAAGAAUAUAGUGGUUUCUUUUAUUUAUUUAGUAUAGUCUUGGUUACAGCAGUCGGUUUGUUGGCACUGGACUGAAGUGUCACAGUAGUUAAGACGAAGCCUGAAGCAGUGCAGAGACCAUAGUGAUGCCUGGGAUAGAGAGCUCGGAUGCUGGGUGAGUUUGUAGAGAGAGAGCACGGUGCUCUGAAUGUGGGCGAAGUCGAAAAGCUCAAAUGCGGGACGAGAGCGAGGAGGCUGGAUGCGGCCUGAAUCUGGCCUCUGCUCUGUGUCGAGGCUGAAGCGUCUUGUGAGGGACCAGGAGAUGUUCACCGCCUCAGCGCAGACAGUGGUGUGAUGCUCCGUGCGCAGCAGCAGCAACAAUCCCCGCAGAGCAGCAGCAGUAGCAGCAGCAGCAGAGAAGUGGCGCCCUACACACAGCAGCAGUCAUCACAGAGCAGCACCAGCAGCAGCAGAGACCUCACGCCCUACUCUCAACAGCAGCUGGGCAAGACUCCAGUGCGGGACCUGGGCGGUGGGUCGGCCCCAGCUCUCAAGACGCAGCCCACACGCGAUCAGCCCCAGGGCCGUGGGCGUGAGGGGAGGGCUGGGUCUCGAGAGCGUUUGGUGGGGCAACCCUUGAGCCUGGCCCACAGGGACUACUCACGCCAUGACUACUAUCAUCACAAGCUUCAGGACUACCCCAGCAAGCUUCAGGACUACCCAAGCAAGCUACAAGACUACUCAAAAUCUCAGGACUAUCCUAGUAAACCACAGGACUACCCAACCAAACCACAAGAUUACUCUAGUAAGAAUGGUGGCAACACACCAGUCUACAAGGCUCAAAGUCGGGAGGUAGUACCAGCCCAGCGACUGCAGUCCCCAGGGGUUACCCUUGGUAUGCUUGGGUCUUCUGGGGGAGGCGGCGCGCUCAGAGAGCGUGUGGCCUCCCCUCACAGGGUGACAUCUCCGCCUGUGAAACUUCAGGAACCACUGAGAAUGGCCAGUCCACCUGUCAAGAUGACUGACUCCCGCCCACAGCAUGACUAUGGUAAAACUGAUCUGGCCAAAUUGGAGGGCUCACCUGUUGGUGCCCCUAGAUUGAGCCCAGCGGGGUUAAGCAGUCACUUUGUGCAACAGUACCCUGAACGUGACACACCCGCUGCCUCACAAGGUAACACCACUAGUACGAAUGCCGUAUGGGAGGGCAGCUACCCAAUGACACCAGAGAAAUACAUAGUCUCUGGCCCACCAACCUCUACUUACUCACCACUGCCGGCACUGCAUAUGCAGUCUUCUCCUUCCCAUGGUCAGCGUCUGUCACAUGACCCCCCAGAGAAGGUUAUCGAUGCCCUCGAUCUAAAGAAAGAUAUCAGUUUUUCAUCCACCAACAACAAUAAUAGUUCUUGCGCAGAUGACACCCUGGAUGACAAGUACCGAGAUUAUCCAGCCGAGAAAGACGAAGGUGACCCCGAAGUCUUGGUCGAUGGCUGUGACCUCAAGAAGCUAUCAGAAGUCACUAGUAAGAUGGCACUCACUGUCUUGCCUGAUGAUGUUGAUACCUAUAAUGAACUGAACAAGCAUCACCUAAAUGGUCAUCUAAGUGUUCAUCUGGGCCACCUAGUACGCCCUGCAGGCCAAUUAACCCCUGAGAGCACUGACUGUGGCUCGCUCAGCAAGAGUUCCUCGGAUGGUGACCACAUGAUGAACCGCAAGCGACCGCCCACCAAAUUGAAGUCUAAGAGAAGAAACAUUCUUUCGUUUCCACACCACCUGUCUGUCGAUGAGCUGCGAGUCAUACAGCGUCGGCAGGACUCUUAUGGGGGAGGAUCCUCGUCAGAUGAGAACAGAUCCUCUGGGCAUGCCUCGAUGUCAGAUGGCCACACUUCCUCUUCCCCACCCAUCGAUUCACUGCCCCGACACGACCACCUAAGAUCCAACUUGAAGGUUGUGCCCGAGGAUGAGCGACUCUCUGCUGCUGUCACCUCAGUUGGGGCUGGCUAUAAAGGGGCAGGGUCGGGCAGAAGAGGUCAACAGUGGCCACGACACAGAUCUACUCCCUCCAAGGAUGACCUCUCGCUAACUCUCGAGAGUGCUAGUGGUCUCGAGGAUAUCAAACAAGCCAUUGAACAGCUGACCAUGCGCUCCCAGGGGUCAAGAACUAGUUACUCGACCUCAACCUACUCCUCAAUGUCAGGGUCUGAAGGCGAGCCAGUUAGGAGAUUGAUGCGUCAUUCCUCCCUAGAGACCAUUAAUACCAAUGUAACAGCGGCUGAUGAGUUUGUCUGGGUUGACUCUCAUAACAGACUGGUAGAGCUGCAGCAGUUGCCCUGGAGCAAUCAUGAUGUUCUAAGAGUAGUACAACAGGGUCGAGUGAGAGAGCAGCUGGACAGGGUGUCCAUGGAGGCAGUACCAAGAUUGUCAUACCUCCUGCAGAGAGCGUUGGUAAGAGUGGCCCGAGAGGCUCAGAGGCUCACCAGGCCCCUGGCAAUGUGUAGUAAGCAGGAGGUGUCCUCUGCUCUCAAGAUCGUACUAUCUCCAGCUCUGGCAGAUUCUUGUAUUAAGGCUUGUCUGAGAGCAGCUGCCAUGUAUACAGUGUGUGGAGACCAGCUGCGGCAGUCCAAGAGUGCCCGGGCAGGACUCAACCUCUCCGUAGGACGCUUCAUGAGGUGGAUGUGUGAUGUGCGCAUUGGCAAGUUCAUUCAUGAGUAUGCUGCUGUGUACCUGACUGCAGGGAUGGAGAAUUUGUUGGAAGAGAUGGUACUGCAAUGCCUCCCAGCAGAAGAAGACCAUAUGCUUACUGCUAGUGUCCUUGAGCAUGCUAUUGCCAACAAUGGAGACCUGUGGGGUCUGUUGCAGCCAUAUGCUCAUCUCAAUGCUGGCAGAACGGCUACUGGUGCACUCUGUCUGCCACGAUGGGCGAGUACAGGCAGCAUCGAAGCUACUUCAGUCAGCAGCUCGUCCACUGGAGCCAGUAGAGGAAGUGGAGGUGGUGCUGGAUCAGGUGGCGCAGCAGGAGGCACUGGAGCUUCAGCUACUGCCUCAGGAGGAAAUGAGGGUAUAGGGAGUGGAGGUUCAGGAAGCAACAGUAGUGGUGCCCAGGCCUCUCGGUGCUCGUCGAGUGUAACGCUCACUCCAGAGGAGCACUCCAGGAGUAGCAAGACUUUGGAGCAGUCACUACUAACUACUUGCGUGGGUUCCUUGGCUGAACUGAGUGAACUACUGAGCCGCGUUGCCCCACACCACCAUCGUGCUGCUAACAGCAACUCGCCAACACGAGCUCAGGUAACUUGGGGGCCGUCGGCUCUGCACGCUCUCUUCUACUUUAUGCGGUGUAGUCAGCUGGAGCACGCGGAGCAUGCCUCUCGAGCACCAAUCCAAGAACUCGUGUACGAGCGACCGUAUAUUGUGCUACCGCCCCUCUUGGAGUGGGUAAGAGUUGCCACAGCCCAUACCGAGCACCGUCAUUCCACUGUUGUUGAUAAAGAUGAUGUUAUGCAGGCAGCCAGACUGCUCCUUCCAGGGGUAGAUUGUCCUGUACGAAUGAUUGGUUAUGAGGAGUUAAUGUGUCCUCGACGGCAACUUGACGAGAUGGAGUGUGCCAAAAAAUUCAAGGUUGACCUUGCUUUCAAGAUGCUCUCGUGUGGGAGAACGGACCUGGUACCUCAUGCUCUUCAGCUCCUACCCGCUACAAAAGUUAAUACUGUCAAUGAGUACGGACUGACACCCCUCAUGCUGGCUUGCAUUCGUGGUGACGAGCCAAUGGUAAACAUGUUGCUUGAUGCCGGUGCCGAUGUGGAUGCUGAAACGCCCCCUACUGGUCCCGCUUACCUCAUGGCCAAUCCAGAGACCCAACACUGGACUGCCCUCACCUAUGCUGCCAUACACGGACAUAUAAACAUAGCCAAAACCUUACUUGAGAAAGGUGGUAAUGUGGAGGGUGGAGCAAGACUUGCAGAGGAAAAGUGUACAGAGACUCCUCUGCAGGUUGCUGCUGCGGCUGGUCACACCGACAUGAUGGCUCUUCUCUUGUCUUAUGGUGCCAACCCCUAUCUGUCGACGCUGAUGAAGGACUCGCUGUGCUACUCUGGUGCCGCUCAGCGGGGAUGUUAUGCUGCCAUUGCUGUUGCUGCGGCUCAUGGCCAGAAAUCUAUUUUACAUAAGCUUUUAUCCCAGCCUCAGCAUGCAUCAGCUAGAGAGGUUCUAUCUCUAGAAGAAAUUCUGGCUGAAGGUGCUAAUGGAGGCAAUACGUGUGAUCGAGAUCGACGACCUGGAAGACAGAUGUGCGUUAUUGAUGAUCCUGUGGGACGAGGAAGUGUGGCUUCUUCUGACUCCUCUCAGGUUGUGAAAUUGACAAAGCAACAAAUAAAGACGCUCCAGGAAGCAAUGUACCACUCUGCAGAAUCUGGACAUCUUGAAAUGACUUUGGACUUGCGGAACUUAGGAGUUCCGUGGACCUUGCACUGUUGGAUGCACACACUAGCUACUGCUCAUGAACACCGGCUUGAGUCCAUAAUUGAUCAGUUGCUGCAAGACUUUCUUCAAGUCUGGCCAGAUGAUUACUCCGCCCAGUUUGUGGACGAGUGUUUGCCACUCCUCUUCACUAUCUUUAGAUACAGCAAGAAUGAGGGCACAUCUCUACUACUAGCAGACAUCUUCUCAUCAUGCUAUGGUAAAGAACCAAUUAAAGAAAUUCGUGACACUACCAUAUCAGGCGGAGCUCGAAUUGACCCAAAGUUUGUUAACAAUCCAGAACUCUCUGAUGUCCAAUUUCGAGUUGAAGGUCGUGUGUUUUAUGCUCACAAGAUUAUUUUAGUAAAUGCCUCCUCAAGAUUCAAGCAAAUGUUAAGCUCCAAGUUUUGUGAGGGAAACCCACCGAUUGUUCAAAUACACGAUAUCAGAUACGACAUUUUUGAGCUAGUGAUGCAAUCUCUCUACAAAGGCGGGUGUGAGAACCUGGAGGUGGAGGCCGGAGAUGUACUCGAGUUAAUGGCGGCGGCAAAUUUCUUCCAACUAGAUUCUCUUCUUCGAUACUGCGAGUCUCGCUGCUCAAAACUUGUCCAUCUUGAUAAUGUAGUUUCCAUGUAUAUCCAUGCUAAGGUAUAUAAUGCAGUGCAGCUUCUUGAAUACUGUCAAGGCUUCCUCCUCCAGAAUAUGGUUGCACUUUUGACUUACGACGACUCUGUUCGUCGUCUCAUUUUUGGCAAGAAACUACACAACCAUGAUGUGCUGGCAGGCCUCUUGCUGACUCUGCAAGCACGCAUCAAGGCCCGCUCAUCUCCACGGGCUGGGAAAAAAUGAAAUGAAGCAUGGAAAAUAUCAAUAUUAUAGCAACCUUUACCAAUAAGAGUGUCAUAGUAAAUAAAGUGAAAAAUAAAUUUGUGAAUGAGAACUUAAAAAUAGUCUAAUGAUGGUACAGCUGUACCAAGAUGUCAGAUCCUUGUUUGAAAAAAAGUUAACUGGUGCUGCUCAUCUUAGACCUGAACAAUUACUCAUAUACAGUACAGUGCUCUUUCAAUUAUUAAAGAAAAUUCACAAUGAAAAUGUGUUCAUGUUCAGUGUCACGCAUUUACAGGGAGAUACGUUAAGUCGUCAUGUUACCCCCAGAUAAUGGAAUACUUUCUCUGCUAGCAAAUGAAUGAUUAGCCCAAGUGCAAAUGAAAAAGCUUAGGUAAAUCAUUGAAGCUUCAAUGUGCUGGCUUUGUAAACGAGGGUUAGCCACUACCUGGGCUGCCAGAUAUAAGCUCAAACUCUCCCUUCUGCAGUUCGGUGAAAUGUAAGUACAGUAUUGCCAAUGCUUUCAGCUGAAACCUCACUUAAAUGUUAGAAAUUCAAAUGCUGGCAUAAUCCAGUAUAAGAAUACUGUACAUUCUGGAAAAAUCAUGAAUAAAAAUUAAUACAUUUUAUGCUGCAUGACCAUAUUAAGGUUUGUUCUGCUCUGUCUCCCAGCUUUAAAGUUCAUCUUUACAUUAUUGGCUCUCAAUUUGUUCAUCCUCAAAUGCUGAGUCUGCUGGCCAGAUUUAAGCCCCAAUUGUUUUUGUUAAUUAGUAUAGUGUCCAUUAAAGUUUAUGCAUAAUAACCAUUAUAUCUUGUGCUGACAAUUUUAGAUUGUUAUAUCAAACUCCCAGAGUAUGUUUAUUUUUGUUUAGAACUAAACGAUUAGCUCAACAAGCAUUUGUCACUAAACAAAAUUGAAGAAUGCAAAGGCAGACCACUUCCUCUCUUUAUGCACAUUGUCAAGAGAAGAGCUCAGCGAGCCCCUGAUGUUUUUUUGUUCAUCUUUAUCAUAAAUUUUGCAACUAAAGACAAUUCUAAACCGGUGAUAAAUAUUUUUAGCCAAACUUCAUCUCUAAAUGAUCUUCCUUAGUGAGAAUUGAGGCAAUACAAAAGACAAGUUGAUACAAAUAUUGGUGUUAAAAUUUCACUGACAUAACUUAAGACAGUGUCCACAAAGUUCACAAUUAUGCUGCUGUUGACUUGUGUCCCAUCAUAAAAGUGGGAAAAUGUGGAGAUCGAAAACCCAUUAUAUAUUGAGUAGGAGGGGACAAGUCCAGCAGCUUAGCUCACUGUGUAGUUUACUGUGAUAAUUUAAGGACAGUGGUGAAAAAGGUUGUGUUUAAUCUUAAAUUUAUAAAUGAAGGUGAAAUAAGAAUGCAAAUUUUAAGUGACAUUAGAAGAAUAUGGCCAAAACUCAACCUCAGGAUGCUGGUCAGGAAUCAGCAGUACAUUAUACGAUGCCUGUACUUGAACUUUUUACAGGUGAUCUUUACCAAGAAUUCCUUGGCGUGAUAUCACUAAAUGAUUCAGAACAUUUAUGUGAACUGGUUACCUAGCCAUCAUUUUGGAUUUGUGCCAAAUAUUGUGCCAACUUUAAAAGUAUUUUAAAACAAAGAAACAAGUGUGUGUAAUGAGAACUGUCGACCUCAUCAGUGUCUUGACGGAAAGUUUGAAUGCUCAAUAGAUCUACAGUGGCAGUGUAGUUUGGUGUGUAGACAUUCCAGAUUUGUCAUAUAACCAAAACUGACUUUCUGGUGCUCUUUUAUACAAGUAUGCCUCUCUGGGAAUACUGUACGUUUAUUUAUCUGACAAAACUGAGAAAAGAAUGAAGUAGCAAAUCUUAGUAGUGAAGUAUUGGUGCCAAUGUUGAACUGUAGCAUGCAUUGCAUUGAUAAUUUUUGCAUAUAUUGCAUUGUUUGUUGAUAUAUUAUAAAUUUUAUAUACAUCUAGGCAUACAUGUAUAAAUGAUAUUUAAAUAUCUUCAGGACUAAAAUACAGUACUUUUAAUAUAUUCCAAAUUUCUCAUAAUUUAUCAGAAUGUUAAAAGAAAGUUGGAUAUCUAUUUUUAGAUGUAUAAAACUGCAGUUUUAAAAGUGCCAACACUCGAGAGUAACUUUUAAUUUUACAUCUUUUCUUUUAAAGCCGAGUAGGUAGUGUUUGUUAUAACUAUUUUAAUAUUUUGUGCCAAUUUCAUUUAACAAAAUAAUUACUUUUGCAAUCCCAAACAGAAAAUGUUGUUAACUUUAACCUAUGUAAAUCCCUUCAGUGUUAAUUACUAUGCAGAGUUGAAAUCACAAGAGCUGACUGGUUGAGUUGGCUUGGAUAUCGAGUUGUUACUAAAAGUUAAAAUUACCCAUUACCGUCACAUUUGUUCCAUAAAAAUGUUAUUCACUAACGAGUUGUUAUACCUCACCAAACUCCAGUAACCCUUUAAAUUGUAAAUAGAUUCUGCCAUCACGUGACCCCACCCCCCACUCUUGUACAAUACCACUACCUCAGGUCUACGUGUGUCGUCCUGUGUGUCUGUUAUUUGUCCGUCUUCUGUACAUAGUGUUCACUGCCAGCUAGAAUUCUAAAAGUGCCAAGCAGUUCUUUGCUUCACCGAUGCACUAAAUAUAACAAGUGCUCAAGCAUUCACAUUAUUACCUGCUGUAAAAGGCAAUCUGUACAUACUGUAUUUCACUGAGCAAUAUUACAUUUGUUUACCAGAGUUUAGUACUAAAUCUUUUCAACUUCAUUUAGAAAUCUUUACUUUAAAUAUUCAUCUCUUCGUUCUUUUCGGCCAUUAGCUCGGCAGCAUUGUAGACUAGCAAUCAUAACGUGUGACCAGGCCACAUUUACCCACUACCACCAACAAUGAGCCUUACAUUGUACAUUUAAGUAUUUGCAUCAAAAAUAUAUAUUAUAAUAUGCUGGCAUAGGUUUGGUGCUUCAGUAUAAUUAUAUAUCCUUACAGGAUAGCAAGCAAAGUUAGUUAUUAACAUUUAUUAUCAACCACUACAGUAUUUCAUUUUAGCUCAUGCACUGACAAAUGUGUAUUUUGUUGGCUUGCAUUCCUGGUUUCCAUUAAAGGUGUGUAAUUUUGAGGUGUUUCUUGGAAGGGUUUAACUGUAAAAGGUUAUAUUAAGGUUAAACAUUUCAGUAAAUAGUUAACUACAGUAUAGGUUGUUUUUGUUAAAAUUGAAAUUUUUAAUAUAUACGCUUUUUAAUCCUGCCAAACUUGUAUAAGUUCCUACAUUAGUUUUCCACAGUCUCAACUCAGGUGGUCUAUUAUCCUUUAAUCUACUUUUUUACAUUUGUUUUGAAAUGCAUUCCAACUAUCAUUUUUUAUAUUAUAUUUAUUACAGCAUCAUCAUUUUUUUCUUCAAGGCAAAAUAUUAUGACCAAUACAUUGUAGAUUUGUCCAUAGAGGUCAAAUGUAUUGGUAAUAUUUGUUGCUUAUACAAACUAAGGCCUUUGGUGAUAAAUGUUAAAGAUGGACUCUAGUGGUGCAUAUUUUUCUGAAAGCAGAAGAAAGUGUACAUGUAUACAAGGCCCUUUACAUAAUGUGUCCUACAUAUGACUAGUUUUACAAGACCAGUUCAAAAAAUGAAAAUAACUUAUUGUAAGACUAAUUUUUCUCAAAAGAUGCCCAAACCUUGAGAUAUUGCAGUAGAGUAAAAAAUUGUGAUCUGCAACAAGGCAAAGAUCACUGAUCUCCUGUAGAUCAGUCUAAUGGUUUAUUCUCCCUUGUUAUAAAGUAACAAUUGUACAAAAAUAUUGUAUAAGUGCCUGCCUUUGUACAGCUAUUUCAUCAGUUUAACAGAAGCAGCAAAACUCUCGGUGACCUCUAUUACAAGUGCAAUAACGGCACUGUCCUUAACGAAACUGAUAUUAGGUCUGGAGGUAUACAGGCAAGGACACCCAGUAUUGUAAAGGCUUACGUGCUCUAAGUUAAGUUCUGUUUAUACAUACUGUCCAAUAAAAUAACCAAGAGGCA